AUGGGCAUGGAGACGGGCGACGGGCUCGAUCUGAGCUUGUCUCUGCGCCAGUACUCGCCACCGAAGUUCCAGCGGGUGUUCUCCUGUUGCUAUUGCCCCCGCAAGUUCAGGACUUGGCAGGCGCUCGGCGGCCACCAGAACGGGCACAAGCUGCAGCGCGACCUGGCCAGGGAGGCCACGGCGGUGGAAGAGCUUGGUAAGGCCGCCGUCGAUGACCACAGCGCUCCGCCGCGCUACGGCGCCCACGCGUGGGGAGCAGGAGGGAGGAUCCACCCUCGUCGACAUCGCCAGCAGGGCACGGGUACUGGUUCGGGAGCAGCCUCCUCCGGGACAAGAAGAGGCAACCAAGAGCUCGCGGAAGAGGCGAUUGACCUGUCCCUGAAGCUAUGA